AUGCUUGUCAAUUUUGUCAUUUCUUGUAUUGCGGUCGGCGCCGCGGCCAUGCCUACUGGUAAGCCCUUGCAAGACGGGGAUAUCAGUGCUGCCCAGGCCUCGUCACUAAGCCACAGCGAUGGUCCAAGCCACAUCGUGGCUCGCAGCCCGGCUCUUUGGGACAAAGUGAGGUCAAAGAAGAAGAAGCAGGAUCUAAGGAACCUACGGCCCAAGGAACGGCGACCGCCCAAGAAUGUAAACUGGGACGGGGAGAUCGUUGUCGAGACACCGGGCACGGCGCCAUCCAUAGCAAGACCAAUACGACCAGAUGUCCCCAUCUCGCAGGUGAUGGCACCAGCACAACGCCCCGCCGCUGCCUCGUCACCACCACGUCCGCAACAGGAGUGGGUUCCGCAUCCGUCCUAUGCACCGGAAGACCCGGACACGUGGGAGAACGAUGUGCCGCCUUCCCAGCAGGCGAUACAGGCCGUAGAGGAUUAA